CGAAGGUAUCCACGAUCUUGAAGCGACGCACUGCCUCGUUCAAUCAGAUCUACUCGAUCGCCAUGCUGCCUGCUUUCCAGGUGCAUCUUCAUCAGCCCAUUCUUGAGCGCGUAGCGCAAGUGGGGAAGUUCGAUGGCCGCCAUCCUGCACUGGCAUGCGGCACUACGGCGGGCAAGGUAUUCAUACACUCGCCCAACGAAAACACCUUCCGAGACAAUUCGGAGGCCGAUGACAGCGAACAAAGCAGCGUGCGCUUCCUCAAGAUCAAUCGCAAGGUCACGGCAUUGGCAGCCGGCAAGUUCGAGAACGCAGACCAGGGCGAUACGCUCGUGGUAGGCACGCAGUCCAGCCUGUUGGCCUACGAUGUGGAGAAGAACUCCGACAUCUUUUACAAAGACGUGCCCGAUGGCGUGAGUGCCAUGCUCUUUGCACCGGCACCACGCACUGCCUCAUCGGCGAACUCUCCGUCGCAAAUGGUCGUAGUGGGCGGCAAUUGCUCUCUGCAAGGCUUCGGUCGGGACGGUGGAGAGCUCUUCUGGACAGUCACAGGAGACCAUGUUCAUGCACUGACAGUGAACGACGUGACUGGCCAUGGACGAGAUGAGCUUAUUGCUGGGUCAGACGACUUUGAGAUCCGAGCAUUUCAGAAUGAGGAGGUGGUGUUCGAGUGCACGGAGACAAGUCGAGUGCUGGCACUCGCUGCAAUUAAAAAGCAAAUGUUCGGAUAUGCCCUUCAGAAUGGUACGGUGGGUGUCUACAAGGGGAAACACCGUGCAUGGCGUGUUAAGUCCAAGAACGUUCCAACGGCGAUCCAUAGCUUUGAUAUCGACGGAGAUGGAGAGAAGGAAAUAGUUAUGGGCUGGAGCAAUGGCAAGUUCGAGUCGAGAAAGUUAACGAACGGAGAAGCCGUGCACAAGGAAGUGCUCAAGUCUCCUGUGGCAGCCCUUGUAACAGCAGACUAUCGCAUGGAUGGCAAAGAGGAGAUUAUUUGUUGUUCGGCAGACGGAGAAAUCCGCGGCUACUUCACGUCCACGGGUGAUUUUCCAGCACCAGGUGUCUCCACUGGUACCAACGACAAGGCCAGUCAGGAAGAGAAAGAAGUAGCGAAACUAUCCAAACACCGUGCUGCUUUACAGCUUGAAAUUAAGGCAUUGGAGGCCAAUCAAGCUGGUACUGCCUCAUCAGGAAAAGGGCUACGCAUUCGUGCCGACACCAACAUCAAGGUACGAUCGCUGGCAAGUAAAACUGCCACAAACUUCGAGCUUGAAGUUUCAACCGAGAACGACGCAGUUAUCAAGAUGGUGGUGGUAUUUGAGUCCGAAGCAGGCAUCUUCGAGGGCGAGUCUUUGGUCGUUCGUCCAGCGACUAUGAGCCCGACAGUUCGAAUCCCACUAAAUUUGAGUAAACACGCUGCUGCGCGUCUCGAUUUCAAAGUGCUCGUAGGCUCACGUGGCCAUCACACCUCCUUCCAUGUGUUCGAAUCCACCUUCAAGCUGCCAAAGUUUGCUGCGUUUCACCACAUUACGGGUGAAACCCCAGGCCCACAGACGACCCCGGAAGGGUCUGUGCGGUUUAGUACGCCUGUCAAGCCACAGCAAAUGUAUUCGUGGCUGGACAACGCCUUCGUGUUAGCAGAGGUUAUUCCGGAAAGUUCUCAAGCGCAUUUGAUGUUCCGUUCACUUCGUGACAACUCGCGGCUAAACAUCUCCGUGGCGCCACAGGAGACCGUCAUUCGAACGGAUAAUAUGGAGCUAGCGGCUGAACUUGUCCAGCACAUGUGCGCAUUUCUCGAAUGGCGCGACCUUGAGUCAAUGGCAGAUUUCCCCCAACAAAUGGAGGAAUUCCGGAACCUACUCGUGAGAGUUGAUGAGAGCAACGCCAUUAGACUCAAGCUCACAGGUGAAAUGGCUGACGAUUCGAACCAGGUCAAGAAUCUCAUUAUCCGCGUCGAAGACUCGCGUAUUCUCAACGACAUGCCUCGCAUGCGGCGGUUCUACUCGGAGUUGUUCUCACUGAACAAUCAGCUUUUGGGUGAGUAUACAAAGCGAAGUACGAACCAUCAGGCACUUCUUGAUGCCCUAAAGGAGGUUAACAGCAUGAUCCAACUCGCUGCUCGGUUGCGCUUCGGUAAUGCAAAGUCCACAGUCAUCGCAGCGUGCCGCAAGGCAAUCAAGAACAACAACAUUCACGCGCUAUUUUACAUUGUGAAGACUGGGAAGGAAGAGAAUCAGUGACUUGAUGCUGCUAACACGGCAUCUUCCAACAUUAAAAUCGUUAACUGGAAGGUUAAUACCAUCGCAUUCUCUUUUACCAGUACUUCCCAGUAUCGUUAAUCCAUUCGAUGAGGACGAAAAGCGAGAGAAUCGCGCCACUCUGCAUCUUCGUCUUCAU